UCAACUACAAAGCGAAUGCACAACCUGGGUCUGUCUGGCUCUUGAGCUGGGAGCACGGACGGGGCAGGUGCGGGGUUGGCGAUGAGGGCAACGCUGGUGGCUAGGGUGGCAUCGCGGAUCAUGGCUCACGUGGUGGACAAACCACUGAUCUGCGUAUUCGGUGCCACGGGUACGGGCAAGACGAAGCUGUCAGUUCAGAUUGCCAAACACCUCGGCGGUGAGAUUAUAUCGUCCGAUUCCAUCCAGGUGUACAAGGGCCUCGACAUUGCGUCCAACAAGGCCACGAGUGAAGAGCGACAGGGGAUCCCACACCACUUCCUGGAUGAGCUGCAAAUGGACGAGCAGCUCACCAUGCCCGAGUUCCGAGACCGCGCGCUGCAGCUCAUCAAGCAGAUGCACCAGAAUAACCAGGUGCCUGUCGUGGUCGGUGGCACCCACUAUUACGUCGAGAGUUUGAUGUCCGUCACAGCCAGCGACCUUCUCGAGUCCGACUCGGAGACUGCAACCGCCGAAACCAAACGGACCGAUGCCCAGAUUGAGGUUGCGGCGAUUCCCGACGACGACCUGUACAACAAACUCAAACUAGUCGAUCCAGCAAGCGCGGCUCGAUUGCAUCCGCGUGAACACCGCAAGCUACGCCGGAGUCUGGAAAUCGCCAUGAGCACAGGCACCACGCAAAGCGCCCUUAUCAAGCAGGAACAGGCACUGGGGUCACCGCUUCGCUUCCGGCCUACCCUCUGCUUCUGGGCUGUCCUUGAACGUCGGCUGGCGAAGCGCGUCGACGAAAUGGUAGCGCAAGGAUUGGUCCAUGAGAUUUUUGGUUUUUUGGCGACUCUGGUGCACCGCGAGGUAGUCGACACACGACAAAGGCCAACUCGAGUUCUUGGUCAGCUCAACUUUCAGCAUGGCAUUCUUCAAGCAAUUGGGUUUAAAGAGUUUCUCCCCCUCUUCGAGCAUGUCAUAAACCGUGGCUGGCUCGAGGAGGUGUUUGCUAGCAAAAAGCCUACGAUCGUAAAUCAGCAGGCAUGGCAAGAACUUGACGAGCUUCUCAUUCAAAAACCUGGCAGCACGCUGCUGGCCAAAGGCAUUGAACAGGUCAAAGUUUCGACGGCACGCUACGCUAAGCGCCAGCAGACCUGGAUUCGUAACCGCCUCCUACGCGAGCGAGAUCAACUGUUUGUGUACAAGAUGGACUCAUCCCAGCCCUCGACAUGGGAGGACACGGUGUGGCAACCGGCACUGCAGGCACUCAAAGCCAUGCAGGCGCAAGACCCGCUGCCCGGCCUGGCCUUGCAGCCCUGGCCUACCGCAACCCCUGUUGCCGAGGCUCCCAUCGAACACACGUGCAGUCUCUGUGAGCGCUCCUUCUACUCCACACGCGACUGGGAGAGUCACCUGGCCUCUCGAGCCCACAAGAAACGUAUUGCCGGUGCCAAACGCCGAGAGGAGAACGAGCGUCGUCGUCAAGCAAAGCGGUCUGCCGAGGCAAGCCGCGAGGCAACUGGCGCAGAUUCCACAGAGGACACUUCUUAG